ACACACACACACACACACACACACACACACACACACACACACACACACACACACACACACACACACACACACACACACUGCACAAAAAAACAAGAUGAAUAAGGAGACUUCUGGUCUUCGCAGUGGAGUCUCACGGCAGUCUGUUGCUCCAAAAAACCUCUUUAUCCUAAUUAUCAUUGUUGUGCUCAUGUUUGUGAUAUAUUUACUGUCUGGUUUAAAACCUGUGAAAUCUCACAAGCCUGACUAUUUUUACCCUCACUGGAAAAAGUCAAACCUUACGGCAUGCGGAUGGAAAGUAAAAUAUGACCCUAUCAUUAAAGUCACCAAUGUUAAAACAUACAUGGUUGGCUCCUAUGUAGAGCACCGACAGGAGGUGAAAAGGAUACGGACAAUUGCUAUAGUGCUUCGCAGUGAAAAUGCAGAGUAUCAAUGCAUGCUGUGCUGCAAAGGAACGAAGGUGCCAGUAUCUGCUACUUUAAACAUUCACUCUGAUCACUUUGGUUUUGAGUACGGCACUGCUGAUAUUAUAUGCCAAAUACCGGAAGAGUGUCCAACACCAACACAUGUGGCUAUCACUUCCAAAUCACCUAAAGAGAAUGGAUUAUUGCAGGAUAUUCAUGCCUUCCAACCUGUUAGGAAUCAACAGAAACAGGAAGUUUUUCCCUAUGAAUUCACAGUUUGCAUUUCAACCAUGUAUGACUAUGAGAAUGUAUUGCUGCUUGUGCAGGCCAUGGAGAUGUUCAGGAUACUCGGUGUCCAGAAGGUAGCUAUUUACAAAACCAGCUGCAAUAAUGAUACACAGAAGGUCCUGGAUUAUUACGUCAGGAAGAACUUUGUGGAGCUCAUCCCUUGGAGUGUAUCGUCCUACAUUACUGUGUCCAGAGGCUGGCAGAAAUGGAAAUCGCCAGGGGAACUACACUACUUUGGGCAAAUCGCAGCACUUAAUGACUGUUUGUAUCGUUACAUGUACAAGAGUCACUAUGUAGCUCUUCAAGAUAUGGAUGAAUUCAUUCUACCUUUGAAUUUAAACAAUUGGGCAGAACUCCUGCCUGAAUUGGAGAGGGAAUAUGGUCAGGAGGUGGGAUUUGAGUUUGAGAAUAAUGUUUUUCCUAUUUACUUGAAGGAUCCAAAGUCCAAAAAGUAUUCACCAGACUCCUGGAAGAAGGUUCCGGGACAAAACAUUUUAGAAUAUGUUUAUAGGUUAAUCAAUGAUCCUUCAAAAUUCAAUAAUUUCAAAGUUAUUGUAAAUCCUCGUCUAGUGUUUGAAACUACAGUCCAUGGAUUUUUGAAAUCAAUGACGGGUACUGUGAGAGUGAACGUUGAAGUUGCCCGCAUGUAUCACAUAAAGAACUUUACAAAAGAAGAUGCGUUAACAGAUAAAAGCAUACUGGACACACAUCUCAGAGACUAUGCAGAUAGGCUGAUACCUGCUGUUUCUGAAGUGCUUUAUAUUGCACUAAAAUUGCCAAAAGUGUAAAACAAGUCUGUUAUGAGAUAGACAACUAUAUGUAAAAAGUAUGGUCAUGAGUAAAGAAGACAUUUUUUAUAAACAUAAAAAUCUAAACAUACUAAAUGCACUCCGAUAAAGCUGAAGAGUUUAACUGAAUUGUACAAGACAGGAAGCGGUACAUUUCCAAAGAAUAUUUCUUAAUAAAAGAAUUCCUAUGAAAUUUAAGCAUUUAAGCAUUUAUUCAGGAGGAUUAAACUGUUCAGCAUGUUGUCAGUGACUACUAAUUUAUUGUCAUUUCAACCUUUUUUUAAUCCUAAUUAUUAUUUAAAUUGUCUUAUUUGCAGCUGUUGAUUCCUGUCAAUUUUAAUUACAAUAGUUUCACAAUCUUCAGAAAUCGCCCCAGACAUCUGUCUGUAGUGUAUCAAGGGGCUUCAUAUUGAAGGAAUUUUAUUAUUAUAUAUAUAUAUAUAUAUAUAUAUAUAUAUAUAUAUAUAUAUAUAUAUAUAUAUAUAUAUAUAUAAUCCCAGUUUCAACCUGAUAUCACACCUUUGUCCAGGAUUACCAGACGUCCUUUAAGCCUUAGCAGCACUGUUGUGAAAAUCAGUUUUAUUGCUGAUAAAAUUAAACAUUCUGUUUGUACAUAAAAUUCACCAAUGUAAAUAUGUAUCAUAGCAUGCUAGAUGAAGAAUAAGCAGUGUAUGCUCUUUGCUACAGAUCAUAUGGGCUCUGUUGUCUGCAUUCCAAUUGGUAGUCACUGCACCGUUAAUCUGUACUUUAACAAAAAAUUAAGUUUAACUAUUUUCCGCUUUGCUGCAUUGCUGGAAAAGGUCACAGUCACCUAUUGUCCCCAAAAACAUAUGUCUGAAGUUAAAAGACACUCAGUGUCUACUCCAAAAUGCUUUUUUAAAGAAAUGCUAUGUUUUUAUCCUGGGACUUAUUGACAAUUUGCUUGUACUGAACAUCCUUUCAAGGUAUUUUUUAAUGUUUUAAUGUGACGUUGUCUUUUCUACUGUUAUCUGCUCAUUAGGGAUCUUGAAAUAAAAUUAAUUUUAAUAGUUUAGUGACAAAUCCAUGCACAAUGACACAUAAGUAAUAUAUUUUAAAUAAAUAAAUAAAUAAAUAAAAACAAAAUCUUAUUACUCCCUGAUGUAAAAUAAAUUGUUUUAUAAACAUCCACAGACAUUGGUUUCAGAUGGCGGUCCAACUGAUCCAUUAUUUAAUGAAAACGGGUUUUAUUCUAAGCAAACUAGUUAAUAUAGAAUACCUAAUCUGUCUUUAUGUAAGAAAAAAAAAGAGAUAGAUGUGAUCCGUCUCUCUUUCUCUCUCUUUUUGACCUGUGAGCUAAGCUGUUUUGAAAGUUUACCAUUACUGUUCCAUUAGAAUAAAGCAGCUAUUUGAAACCUCCCUGAUAAUUUUUCCAAAUGUACCAAUAUAUAAAAACACUGCUAAUCUAUA